AUGGAGAAGAUCCAGGAGAUCCUUGAUGGUGUAUAUAAAGGGCUCACAGACAGACCGAUUCUGACAGCGCUGACAGUCGUUUUCAUAUCACUUGUCAUCUACGGACGACUGAUCACUCCAUUCCUACAAUCCAAAUUCAGGAAGACUGAAAAUACCGUCAAGAUCGACCUGCCACAACAACAUGGACAGCAAACAUUCCGUGCAAUCCUAAAGCCUGUAAAUGCUGAUGUCGACUCAACUUUUCCAUUGGUUGUCUUUGAAUGUGAGCUUGGGAUGAACUGUGAUGAGUGGGGCUUCCUAAGGAGGGCGUUUGAUGGCAUCUUACCGACGCUGUCGUAUGAUAGAUUGGGAUAUGGUGGGUCCUCUGAGCCUCCUGGAGACGCUCCACGAGAGGCUACUCAACUCGCUCAGGAAUUACAUGCAUUACUGGUGUUAUUCGAUGUCGUUGCUCCCGCUGCAUCCGACGCCAGCAAGGGCAAAGGUCCAUUAAAGCGGCCAUUUGUACUUGUCGGGCACUCCUAUGGUGGUGUGAUCUCCAGGACUUUCUAUCAUCGCUACAGGCCGCCGAAUUUGAUUGGAAUGGUAUUGCUCGACUCUCAACCUGAACGAUUACAUGUGGACAACCCGUCCAUACGAGAAUACAUCAAAGAACGCUUACCUCGAGCAUUCCUGACUGCAGCAUGGCUAUCUGAAAUUGGCUUUUUGUCAGUCUUGUCCUUCUUUGGAUUCCGAUUCAUGGCAAUUACAGAGGAUAUGACUGCAAGGUUGACAAAGGAAGAAGCUGGGUCUCUGACGAAUUUAUCAGCUGCUACGUUGAGAACGUUCUCUCGAGAAACUGCAGGCGUGGAUGCAUCACUCUCAACUCUAAUAACACUGCGAGAACAAUCGCCAAAACAUAAAAAAGAUGUUGCUAUUGCUGUCGCAGUCAUAACAACUGAGCAUAUUGAAAAGCCAGCUGGUGGAGAGAGAUUUGAUCCCGUCAAAUGGAAGGAAAAAUGGCUUAAUUAUCAAAAUGAAAUAAUAACGUUGGAAAAUCGAUGCAAGGGGAUGCCAAAGGUCGCUGUAGUCGAUUCUUUCGAGCACACGUCUCUUUGUGUUAGUGAGAAAGUAGUCGAAGCUGUUUCGACAGUGUUGAAGGCCACUAUGGGGCUGAAUAUCGAUAUAGAGUUCACACAUGAUAAGUAG